AUGAAGCGAGACACCUUGCUGACUGUUCUGGAGGCGUUUCUGAGUGACGAUGACGUUCGCUUGAUCAGGGUCUUGAUCUCUAACACCAGACUUCGUGUUCAGCUUGGGAGGUGCCAGUCGGAAUCAUUUGCUACAACGAAGGGGACGCCACAGGGGGAUUGCCUUUCCCCCGUUCUCUUCACGGUUUACCUGGAGGCUGCGCUCCGACAACUAAGGCAAGAGGUGCCAGCAAGACCUCUCAGCGACAACGGUCUGCCGCUCGAACUUGUAUAUGCGGAUGAUGCAGACUUUGUCAGCACCUCAAAGUCCUGGCUGGCGGACGUGGAGGCGACUGCCAGCACGGUGCUACCACAGUGGUCCCUGAUCAUGAACCGGGACAAAACUGAGUAUACGGACAUCUUCAGAAGUGCGGACAGGAUCGAUGAAGAGUGGAGGACAACGCGCAAGCUGGGUUCGCUGCUGGGCGACGAAGAGGAUAUUAUGCGACGAAAACAGCUGGCGACUGCAGCAUUUCAGUCCCUAUGGAGCCUCUGGAAGAGGCAUCAGCACAUCAGCGAGAAGUUGCGUCUGCGGCUGUACAGCACUUUUAUUGUUCCAGUACUGACGUACAACUCGGCUUGUGUGUACUAA